AUCCCUCUACCUGGAAUGUAACUUCAGGAAUGACACGGGACCGCUUACAGGUGAGAAUCAUAAACAUCAACACUAACCGGAUCUCAGUGCAAGAAUUCCUUCUGUUGGGAUUUUGUGGAAUAAUUGGAUCUGAUGGUAAAACUGACUUCCCUAUGCAGCAGAAGUUAAAUGAGGAGGAAAUCCUUGAAGGUGUGGUUUACUCAGACCUCCUCCUCCAGGAUCUGAAGGAGGAUCCUGGGAAAACACAACGUUCCCACUCAGGCUGAAGAGGGAGAACCAGACUGGAGCUUGCUGCUGCGGAUGAGAGGGGCCGAGCGAGCAGCACCCAGAGAGAGGCAGCAGCUGGAGGCAGCAGGACGAAGAAUGACGGAGCUGCUGAAGAUCUGAGGAGCAGAAACCGUCAGAGUUCAUCUGUUCCUGCUUCAGUCUCCCUCUUCUCCGUUGGGAUCUGAACUCCUGGUUCCAGACGCCUCUCGCAGUGCCUGGAGAGGGAAUCUGAUGCAGUUUUAUUUUAAAUGAUCCGGAACAGGGACAGGAGGACCUGGGAUUCGGAGAGGACACAAGAACCUUCUGGGUUCUGGUUUUAGUUUGGGUUCUUGAUGAUGUAAUGGAUACCAGCGACUCUGACCAUCUCAUGUUGAUGAUGUCAUCCUGCAGGUUGCCAUGGGAAACACAGACAGUCACAGCACCUUCGCCUCCCCGGUCAAACCCUCCUUCAGGUUCUCCAAGAGGGAGGAGGCUCCGUCAGCACGUACCUGGUGGAAGAGCAACACCAGGAGUCGGGGGCGGGGCUACCCCAGCCAGAACGCCUCCUGGCACUAUGAGACCAAACCGGCCCAAGGAGGAGCCGGUUCUCCUCAGAAGGACCGGGUGCUCGUCGGGUCCAGGAGGAGCGAUGGGGGGUCGGUGGAGAACGGCAGCAGCCCUAAGGUGCUGCUCAGCAAAGAUGGCAGCAUGAGGGUGGCGUUCACCACCUCCAGGAUGGUCCCAGUGGAGCCGACGCCCCCACUCGGUACCGGUCCAGAAACGUCCCUUCGCACCAGCAAUGGCAGCUCGCUGAGCUCCGAUGGCUCCUGGUACGACUCGCCCUGGGGCGGCGGCGGCGAGCUGACCGACGGUGGGUGGAGCCUGGACAACAGCAGUGGCUACAACACCUUCUCCUCUGCUCAGGUGGAGGAAAUGUCACCUGGGUUAAGCUCCGCCCUCUUGUUUCCUGUUAAAGAGACAGUCACGGGGUUCAACAGCUGCUGCUCCGGCCGCACAGAGGAUAGCGGGAUCGGAGAUUCUGUGAUCCUGCAGCCGGACCUCGGUCUGGUGUCGGAGUCGGGAUUCAGCAGCAGCCGAAACGCGCUUCCUGCUUUUCCCGUCGAGUCCAGUUGCUUCCCAGUCACAUCGGAUGUGUUCUCGGCAGCAUUUGACAUCUGCUUCCAAGAGCAGUCAGCGACCGCCGCCUUCUCCUCGUCAGCACUAACUGACAUCAUCCAGGCGGAGCCAAUCCAACAUGUGGAACGUUUUCCCACCUCCACGCUUCCCUGCCGCAGACCCCAGCCUAUGAGCUCCGCCUCCUGUGGGGUCAACCGGAAAGACUUCCUAAAGAGCCGCAUCCAACGUCUGAGCGAAUGGACGGGAAGUCUGAGCCGGAAAAGGAGACGGAUUCAGGAGUCACCUGAUGUCUUCAUCAGCGGGCUGAGUGGCAGCAUGUCCUGGUCCUCCAACCCGCUCCACCAUCAGAACCAGGCUCCUCUAGUCCACUGCAGCUCCUCCAGGGGCCAGAACCAGAGCAACGACGUUCAGAGGCAGAACAUCUACAGGAACUUCAUGCAGGAGCUGGAGACAGGCCGCAGCAGCGUGGCGGACCGGACCGACCCGUCAGAGGGAGAAGAAGACGACGAUGAGGAGGAGGAGGUGGAUGAAGGAGGAGGAGACCUGGAGGUUCUGCUGGAGAAGGAGCAGGGUGUGGUCCGACGAGCCGGAUGGCUUUCCUUCAAACCUCUCAUUAGCAUCAGCAGGGACCAGAAACUGGAGCUGGUGGCCCGCCGCAGGUGGAGGCGGUUCUGGGUCACUCUGAAGGGUUGCUCGCUGCUGUUCUAUGAAACCUUUGGGCGGAGUGGCGCUGACCAGGAGCGCUCCCCCCGCUACGCUCUGCUGGCUGAUGAUGGCAUCGUCCAGGCCGUCCCUGAACACCCCAGGAGGGAACACGUCUUCUGUCUCAGCAACAUGUAUGGAGACGUCUACCUGUUCCAGGCUACCAGCCAGACGGACCUGGAGAACUGGGUGACGGCGAUCCACUCGGCCAGCGCCGCCCUGCUGGCCAGGCGGGAGGGCAGGGAGGACACCCUGCGUCUGCUGCGUGGACAGAACCGCUCGCUGCUGCACAAGAUCGACAUGGACGGCAAGAUGAAGAAGAUGGCCGAGCUGCAGCUGUCUGUCAUCAAGGAGCAGAAGAACCGGAGGGCGGUGGAGAACCAGAUCCAGCAGUGGGAGCAGAACCUGGAGAAGCUGAAUCUGGACCUGUUCAGAACCAGGUGCUACCUGUCCAGCCUGCAGGGCAGCGAGCAGCCCAACUCAAAGAGUCUUCUCGCCGUGGCGAGCCGGGCCUCCAAAAGCAUGCUGGGACGUCUGGGCGUUUUCUCCGUGUCCUCAUUCCACUCGCUGAUCUGCAGCCGAGAGGAUGUCACUCUGAAGAGGCGCUGUUGGACUCUCUCAGGUGGAUCCAUCCGGAAACGAGGACUUCCAAGUUCCUUGAAGGCGCUAAACAGAUGGAUCAAACACUCGGAUCACCAGGUUUGUGAUGCUAACCUUUCUGGAUCAUCCAAUCACGUCGCUCCUGCUGCCUGCUGGCCCGAGACGGUCAAACGCGAGGAGGUGGCGCCCCCUGCAGGACGAGCUCCAGAACUGCAGCCCAAGGACCAGAACUCCUCCGUCUUCCUUCUUCACGUGGGCCGACCCGACUCCAGCCAGGACUUCGGUUUUGCUGUGACGGGUCACGUGGACGGAGCAGGGGAGAGUCACGUCUUCAUCAGCGAGGUCGACCCGUUUGGACCGUCUGCCAAAGAGGGACUCCGAGCUGGAGACGAGGUUCUGGCAGUAAACGGGUCGGCCGUACUGGAACUGGACCUGGAUCUCCUGCAGACCCUGUUCACCCACCAGAACCUGCAGCUGCUGCUGAGGAGAGACAAAUCGCUUGACCCGGAAGAACCCACCCUGGUCUGGCCCGAACCGACUGACCCAUGGGACCUCGCUGACCUCUGCUGCAGUCAGCUGACCCCCACCCACCUGCACACCUGGACCACAGACUCACCACUCAUCCCUGAUGCAGCAGAGGCUCCGCCCCCUGCUGUUGACCUAACCCGGACCAAUCGGAGGACCCCUGAGCAGAACCUGGACCAGGACUUCUCGCACUACCGAACCUUCCCAGAAACUCGAGCGUCUGAUGCCGACGUUCCCAAAAACCCAUACUACAGAGAGCCUGGUGCUCAGCCACCAAGCCCCGCCCACCUGAGUGUGUGUCAGCGUUUGAGGAAAGUCAUCCAGGAACUCGUUGACACUGAGAAAUCCUACGUGAAGGAUCUGGUCUGUCUGCUGGACGUCUACCUGACACCGCUGCAGCGCGAGACGUUCCUCAGUAAAGAUGAGGUGAUUCGAGACCAGCUGAUGUCUCCGGUUGUUGUUUUGGUUUCUGAUGAUGUCAUCCGCUCCCAGAUGGAGGCGUUGUUCGGAAGUCUGCCGGAGAUGUUGGACUUCCAGAGAGUUUUUCUCCAAACGUUGGAGGAAAGAAUCGCAGGGUGUCCGAACAUCACCAGCCUGGAAACUCCGGAUCAGUUUAAGAAGCUUCUGUUCUCUCUGGGCGGGUCGUUCCUUUACUACGCAGACCACUUUAAGCUCUACAGCGGGUUCUGUGCUAACCACAUCAAAGUCCAGAAGGUUCUGGAGAAAGCAAAAACAGAUGGAGCAUUCAAACACUUCCUGGAAGCAAGAAACCCCACCAAUCAGCACUCGUCUUCUCUGGAGUCGUACCUGAUUAAACCGGUACAGAGAGUCCUGAAGUACCCACUGCUGCUGAGAGAGCUGGUGUCUCUGACCAACCCAGACAGUCCUGAACACUCACACCUGACAGAGGCGCUGAGGGCGAUGGAGAAGGUGGCAAGCCACAUCAAUGAGAUGCAGAAGAUCUACGAGGAGUAUGGAUGUGUGUUUGACCAGCUGGUAGCAGAGCAGAGUGGAGCUGACAAACAGGUAACAGAGAUCUCCAUGGGGGAGUUUCUGGUCCACUCCUCAGUGGUUUGGCUGAACCCACUGCCGUCUGUCAGACACCUGAGAAAGGAUCCCCCCCUGACCCUGCUGGUGUUCAAACGGGCCGUCGUCCUGAUCCACCGACAGAACAAAGUCAAGAAGAGGCUGGCAAACUCCCGAUCAGCUGAUCUGGAUCCCUUCGGGUUCCGCUGGUUAAUCCCAGUUUCAGCGCUUCAGAUCAGACCCACCAGUGGCAUGGGCUCUGAGGACCCGUGUGUGUGGGAGCUCAUCCACAGCAGGUCAGAGGUGGAGGGUCGACCCGAGACGAUGUUCCAGCUGAGCACCAGCUGUUCGGAGACGAAGGCCGCCCUGCUCCGGGUUCUCAACUCUCUCCUCAGAGACCGAGCCCCGGGGGGAUCCCUGAGGAGGUCCAAUGUGUCAAAGACAAAGAUGAGCAGCACCUGGAGGAGGAGACAGCAUCGUGCCCACUCAGACAACCAGAAGACGCCUCCUGAUCAGGUGGAGGAGAACGGCAGAACCAACGGCGUCCUGGAAGAAACCUGUUCAGAGCCUCUGCUGCCCAGCCACGCCUCCUCCAGCGGAGCCGCGUCAGGGAGGAGGACCAGGCUCUGCUCCCUGACCAGCGACCUGGAGGCCCAGUUGCAGAGAUUAAAUUUCACAGAGGAACGGCAAGAAGCUCCGCCCCACGUGGAGGUGGAGAAGCAGAGCUGGAGUCUGCGGAGGACCCCUGCAGGAGAAGCUUUGGACUUAAGCAGCUUUCUGGAAAAAGACUUCAGUAUCCAGAGCAUGGCCUCCAUCAUCAACGAGGACUUCUUCUACGACACGGUUCUGGGGAUUCAGAUGCCUAAUCAGGCUAACGGGCUAACAUGCUAAUGGAGUCGGACCCUAACCCCCAGUCUGAUUGGCUGGGAUCUACAGUUCCUCUGGAAAACUUCCUCAUCGUGUUUCUUCGUGGCGACGAUGAAAACUAAAUCAGAACCAAAAUAGAAAAUGACUAAAUUAAAGCAGCUUUUUAAACUGUUAAUAUUUAAUAGUUUAAUUUACGGGUUAUUAACCAUCUAAAUUCACCACUUUUUUCUCUUGACAUUAAAAAAUUUUCAGUUUUUUCUCAAACAUUGGGAGAAAAAACUGACCAUUUUGACCUAAAUGAAAAGGACUCCAUCUGGGAUUAAAACUAAUAAUUUAUUACUGAUCAUUUUAAACCUUUUCUCUGAAAGAAUUAGGAUUAUUACAGUAAACUAAACUUUCUCUCUGAUCAUAUAGUUCUGACUCUUUGGCCCCAAAACUUCAAACGUUUAAAGAAACCAUAAAUCAGGACAUCAACAUUUUUACUACCUGGGAUUUAUAAAUUGGUGUUUUAAUCUGGAUGAAGAUUAUUUACCGUCUAAUGGAUCGUCUGAGCCGAACCUCCUGCUGAUGAUCUGAAUCCAUUUUCUUUCUGUACAGGUUUGGUUUCUGUUGAUCAGAUUAUUUGACAAAAGCAGAUUUCAGAGCUGCUGCAUCAAAGCUUUUCUAAAUUUUCCACCAUCUUUAAUUUUUCGUAUUUAUAUAUUUUUUACGUAUUUUUUUAUUAUAGAAGUUCUUUUAUUUUAAUUAAAAUAUUUAGUUUACUUGAAGCAUUUUGAAAUAUUUAGUAAUUUAUUUUCUUACAUAUUUGUGUACACGGUUUAAAGAUGUUAAAAGUUUCAGCUAAACAUUUAAAGAAUGAAAUUUGGAUGGAUUUUAUUUAAAAGUUUGAGUUUUUGCUGUUUUUAUUCACAUGUCUAAAACAUCUGGUGUUUAGCAAAGAAAUGUUUCCUCAACGGAUCUGGUUUCCGUUCAGAGUGAAAACAUCCUUAUAUUGAAAAAGUCAUUCAACUUUAAGCUGUGAAGGAAAGGUGUCUCCUCUUUGCUUGUUGCCACGGUAACGGCUGGAUGGAGGAGGCAACGGAAUUUCAUUAAGUUGUUUUGUGUUUCUGAUAAAAUUAUAAGAAAAACACUUCAAUGUCACGUCUGAAUGUAAAACAUUUAAACGUAAAUGAGGUUAUUUCAAACUAAAUAUUUUUAAAUAAAAGUUUGGAUUUCAUCAGAA